AAGUUUAGAAAUUGAAAAUUUGUUUAUUGUAAUUCAAUCAUCUAACAGUCUUGGAGGUUCAUUGCAUUCAUAUAAGUAGGAUAAUCAAAGUUUCUCGUUUAAUGUCAGUGAAACAUUUGUGUUGAUCAGAUUAAAUUAGUGAUUCGAAUGACUGGAAAUUCAAACAGAAUGAAAAUACUGAUAAUUAUGAUGCUUUUCAUGGGUUCGGAAAUCUCACUAUCGGCACAGUUAGAAGAGGCCAAGUUUCUACGACAAAUGGCCAACCAAUACAGUCCACCAUUGGUCAUCUCUUUCCUUCAUUCUCGAAUGGAUAACAGUCAGCAAAUGAUUAAGAAAAUCAAAAAUUCAUUGAUACAUUUAGACAAAUCAAAACGUGAUAUAUUUGAGUUAGCUGAAAAAACUUUACAGUUACUCAGCAAUCAACUAAUUGCUGCAGAAAACGCUGGUUACUUCAACUUGGAUGGCUCUGAGAAAGCAAAAUAUUUUAUUGAACAAUUUAUUAUGGUUAGUGAAUUUUAUCCAAUCGAUUUUGGCUCUUAUGGGAUGGUUGAUUUCGGAAUAAGUUUUGAUAGUAUAUUGGAACGAUUGUAUAAUCAAUCAUAUGAAUUAUCACUCAAUCAAACCAACAAUCUGAUUAAUUUUUAUUUAUAUGAUAUCCAAGAAAAGGAAACCGAUGAAAAUUUUAAUAAUCUCCAGCAUUUAUCAGCCUCAUUGACGAAAAUUAAAUUACAAUCAGCCUUUAGCAGCUACAAUGGUGAUUCUGAUCCUCAAGCAGAAAUGGCCAAACUAUUGAAAAAAGUUAAAUCAAUAAUUGACUUUUUCUAUUCACAAUUAAAUCAUCUCUCCGGCAGUUCUUCAAAUAGCUCCAUGAUAGAUAGUCGCCCACAAACAAUGACAACUUCGAGACUAUCGAUUGAUGAAGAAUCAUUAACAAUUACAUCUACGGAUAAUCAACCAACAACAAUUUACGAUCAAACCACAGUAACUAAUCCAUUUGAUUAUGCAAGUGAAAUAUCAAAAGUGGAUAUUGUAGAUCAAGAGAGAUUCUAAUGUGAGAAAUUGUAAUGAUUUAUAAAUGAAUCCAAAUUCAUUUCAAACCAUUUGAUUUUUGAAUUGUCACCAAAACUCGUGAUUCUAAACAAAUGGGAUCUUUGAUAUUCAAUUAAAAUCCUUGUUUGAUUUAUAAUAAAGAUACAAUGUAAUUUACAGAAAUUUGAUUAAUUUAAUUGUCCACAGAAAAUUAUAAUCACAAUUAGAAACUUGAUAAGUCAAUUAAUUAACCACAACUGUGAUUAUGAGCCAAUUGCGAUCAAAUCAUUUACAGUUCGUUAUUUAUAUUCCAGAAACAAAUUAACUUGGCAACCACAAUUUUUGGCAAUUGCGGUUAAAAUGUUUUAAUUGUUGAGAUGAUUUAAUAUUAUUAAAUCAUCAUAGUUAUCGUGACAAGAUUAUUUUUGAUUAUUAUGAUGACAAGGUAAAAAUAUUUUCCACUAAAAUCUUAUUAGUCUUUUAUUUCAUCCUGUCAAUCAAAGUUAAUCACAAACAAUCAACUCAAUGUUUAUUAGAUUGCAACUAAAUUACCGAAAUUAAACCUGAUUAAGUCUUCUAAUCCUUUAAU